AUCAUCUGUUUCUUCGCGGGGAAGUCACGGGCCAAAAAAAAAACACAACCAUAAUUAGACUUCUUCCGACUCAGUGCUCACCUUCUUCUUCUUCUUCUUCUUCUCGCCAUUUCCUCUGCAACUCUCUCUCCAUCUCUAUCCUUCGUUGAAACUGUGGUAGUCUACUGGGAGUAGCCGCCGUGGGUUUACCGGAAAACGACCAAAUGUGUAGGUUCUAAACUGUCACCAUCUCUCUCUCUCUCUCUCUCUCUGUAGAGCGUAGACUCUUAAGACCUAGUCUGUCUCUUCUACUUUUCUUCUUCGUCUCUUCUCCGUAGAAACUGUGAUCGUCGGGGAGAGUAGCGGACAUGAAAAUACCUGAAAAUCACUAAGUGGGUAUGUUGGGUAGGCUUUAAAGUGUGAAUCUCUCGCUCUCUGAGUACCCACCAUGGAAAGACCAGAGGAUGACCAAGUGGAGGUCGUGAAGAAGCUGAUCUCGUCUCUCUCGGAAGAAAUACCUUGCGUGCAGAACUUCAAGGGGAAAUGGUCUGUUAUCAAAGCAAAGCUCGCCGAUCUCCAAUCACAAUGUUGCGAUUUCUCCGAUUUUCCGGGCUUCUUUUCUUGUGCUUUGUCCGCGGAGCUUCUCAAUUCGCUCUCGCAAACGCUCACCGACGCCGUUUCGCUCGCUGGGAAGUGCCGGGACCCAACCUUGACGGAAGGGAAACUGAAGACACAGAGCGAAGUCGACGCGAUCUCGGCGAAGCUCGAUCGACAUAUUAGAGAUGGGGAGGUCUUGAUUAGGAGCGGCGUGCUUCAGGACGGCCUCUUUCCCGGCCCCGGUGAGUCGAUGAGUUCGAAGCGCGAGGCCGUACGGGUUGAGUCGAGGAGUUUGAUAACUCGGCUGCAGAUAGGGAAUCAGGAAUCGAAGAAAUCGGCAAUGGACUCGCUGCUGAGGUUAAUUCAGGAGGACGAUAAGCACGUUAUGAUCGCCGUCGCUCAGGGUGUGGUGCCCGUCCUGGUUCGAUUGCUCGAUUCAAACCAUCUUCUCGAUUCGGAGAUGAAGGAGAAGACGAUUUCAGCGAUUUCUAGGGUUUCGAUGGUGGAAAGCAGCAAAAAUGUUUUGUUAGCGGAGGGGGUUUUCCUCCUGAACCAUCUUCUCCGAGUUCUCGAAUCGGGAAGUGGAAUUUCAAAGGAGAAAGCUUGUUUAACCCUCCAGUCUCUCACCUUCUCGAAGGAGAACGCGAGAUUGGUCGGGUCCAGGGGCGGGAUUUCAUCUCUGUUAGAGAUUUGCGAGUCCGGAACGCCUUCUUCGCAAGCCCUGGCUGCUGGUGUUCUGAGAAAUCUUGCUAAUUUUAAAGAAUGCAAGGAGAAUUUCAUGGAGGAGAGUGCGAUUCCAGUCCUUAUUAGGGUUUCUUCUUCUGGCACUGUAUUAGCCCAGGAAAAUGCAAUUGGGUGUUUGUGCAAUUUGGUAUCAGAUGAUGUGAACUUGAAACUUUUGGUUGCUAGGGAGGGAGGGAUUGAGUGUUUGAAGACUUUCUGGGAUGGGGCACUGGUGGUUCGGAGUCUCGAAGUGGCGGUGGAGAUGGCGGAGACCUUGGCUUCGUGCCGGUCAGUGGCCGAAGCUCUUGUUUCUGAUGGGUUUGUGAGCAGGCUUGUGGGGGUUUUGAAUUGUGGGGUGUUGGGAGUGAGAAUAGCCGCUGCUCAUGCAGUUAAUGAGCUCGGGUUUAGCCCGAAAAUGAGGAAGGAGAUGGGGGAAUGCGGGUGUGUUUCUGCUCUGAUUGGAAUGUUGGAGGGUAAAGCCUUUGAAGAGAAGGAAGCUGCUGUGAAGGCAUUGUCAAAUCUGUUGUCAUGUGCAGAAAAUAAGAAGAUUUUUAGGAAGGAUGAAAGAGGGAUGGUGAGUGUGGUUCAGCUUUUGGAUCCAAUGCAGAGUUUGGAUAAGAAGUACCCUGUUUCUGUUUUAGCCUUGCUUGUGCAUUCAAAGAAGUGCAGGAAACAGAUGGUUGCUGCUGGAGCUUGUGGGUACUUGAAGAAACUCGUGGAGAUGGAUGUCGAAGGUGCCAGGAAGCUUUUGGAGAGCCUGGGCCGGAGUAAAGUAUGGGGUGUUUUUUCUAGAUCACAAAAAUAAUAUGGAAAAGGAACUUGGGGAUGAUGAUGAUCCCUUCAUCUGUAUGUACCAUAGUUGUGUUCCUGUUUUUAUUCUUGGCUUCUUUUUAAUGUUCAUAGUUUUCAUUUCAAUUUGUCCUAGAAAAGUAAAAAGUUUCUAGCCUGAUUGCUGAUGAAAUCUUCUUUGUAGAGAUCAAAUUCUGGUUUGGUGACCUAACUGGUUAGAGUUCAUGUUUUUGUCCCCAAAAUUUAAUAAAUUAAUAAUGAUUGAUUC